AUGCUCUGUGGAACCAAGAUCCGUAUGAUCGAAACUCUGUGGGUCGAUGAUAUUCUUACCAUCGCCGCAACUCGAAAUUGUCAUAUUCUUGGCUUUGAGGCCGUCGUUGGCGGGUGGGGAGCUUCUGCGCUUAUCAUCAAUCUUUUCCAGGGUGAACUACCUACUCCAUGGAUAUACACCAACGAUAAAAGACGUAUCGACCGAACCACUUUCUGGACUUAUUAUUCCAUCACGAAUAUCACCACGAGUAUUGGUAUUAUCAUUAAGAUUUUAGUCAAGAGUGUUUUUGGCAGCCGUAUCCUUGUAACACCUGCAAUUGCGGUUCAAAUCUACCAUUCUAACAAGGCAUUCGCUUCCACUGAUUUCACCUUCGCGAACUGGAAAGCUGCUAUCGCUUUACAACUGGUUCAGUGCCUCUCUAUUGUCACUGUUUGCAUUCCCAGCUUUAACCCCCUUUUCAACGGCCUGGAAUCCGGCCAGAUCCGUAUUGACGACCUUUGA